AUGGAAGUGAAACUCAUUUCAAUUCUCUUCUUCUUCACCAUUUUUGUUGCAGCUCAUUCUCUUCAGUAUCAAAAACUUACCCUAAAUUCCCUCCCUCAACUUCAAUCCCUCUCAUGGGAACCACAACUCUCUUCUGAUAACGAAAACACUCUUUCUGUACAAUUACACCAUGUCGACUUACUCUCACCUUCCUCCUUCAAUGCAACUCCACAUGCAUUGUUCAAACUCCGUCUCCAACGCGAUGCUAUUAGAGCUAAAUCCCUUUCCCUUCUUUCUGCUUCCGCUGCUAAUUCCACCGGUAAGGAUUUCAGCAGCUCUGUUAUCUCCGGUCUAUCUCAGGGUAGCGGCGAGUAUUUUACUCGUAUUGGAAUCGGUACGCCUACUAAGUACGUUUACUUAGUUCUCGAUACUGGAAGUGACAUUGUUUGGAUCCAAUGUUUGCCUUGUGCUAAAUGUUACUCUCAAUCCGACCCGGUUUUUGACCCGAGUAAGUCAUCUUCCUUCUCUCCGGUCACUUGUGAUUCUCCGUUGUGCCGCCGGCUUGAUUCCUCCGGCUGUAACAAUCGGAACAAAUGCCUUUACCAAGUCUCAUACGGCGAUGGUUCGUUUACCGUCGGCGAAUACUCGACGGAAACUUUGAAUUUCAGAAAAACAACUGUUACCAAUAUUUCCUUUGGAUGUGGCCAUGAUAACGAAGGUUUGUUUAUCGGAGCUGCCGGUUUAUUGGGUUUAGGAAAAGGGAAACUCUCGUUUCCGGGUCAAGCCGGUAGCCGGUUCGGUCAGAAAUUCUCAUACUGCCUUGUAGACCGGAUCGGUUCAGCUAAACCGUCCUAUAUUGUCUUCGGCGAAUCAGCAAUUACCCGAAAUACCAUUUUUACCCCUCUCCUCACCAAUCCAAAACUCGACACGUUUUACUACGUGGAGCUCACCGGAAUUAGCGUCGGAGGUACGAAGGUUCCGGCGGUCACGCCGGAGUUGUUCAAGCUUGAUACUGAAGGUAACGGUGGGGUUAUAGUCGAUUCGGGUACUUCAGUGACCCGGUUGACCCGACCCGGUUAUAUAGCAGUGAGGGAUGCUUUCAGAUUAGGUGCUAAGGAUUUGAAGAGAGCACCGAAUUUCUCUUUGUUCGAUACAUGCUAUGAUCUGUCGGGUAAAACACAAGCGAAGGUACCGACGUUGGUUUUGCACUUUGCCGGAGCGGACGUGGCAUUACCGGCGGCGAAUUAUAUGAUUCCGGUGAACGGUGAAGGGAGAUACUGCUUUGGAUUUGCGGGUACAAAUGGCGGGUUGUCAAUAAUUGGGAAUAUCCAGCAGCAGGGUUUUCGGGUCGUGUUUGAUCUUGCGGGUUCUCGAUUAGGGUUUGCUCCUCGUGGGUGUUCUUAUUAAUUAAAAAAAUUAAGUUAAACAGUUUGUUUAGUAAUGAAUCUCUGGAAAGGCAGAGAUAAUAUUAGCACUUUUGCAGAAAAAGAGGAACAGCUUCACAUGUUUUUGUUUUGCAUUAUGUGCUAAUCAUGGUGUCUUUUUGCUAAUUUUUGUUUUUAACAAAA